AUAAGAAUAAUUUUACAAAUCUCCAGCAACAAAACGCAUUCCAAGGCACCACAACGGUUCAGAAUAAUUCUAUACACCAGUGAGCACCUGCCCUAAGUGCUACCAAAGCCAACAACCAAAUAAUACACAGAAGGCGGACGCCAGAAGCACCAAGCCCUACUGACUCAGGAUAAAUUCUUCCAAUUAAACGGUAAAAACCAUUCCCACCAGCUACUAGGGAGAGGCUUAGCAUGAAUCAUAGAAUCUCCAUACCACGCUUCUGCAAAUGAAACAUGCUGCCGCAGCUAAAGCCACUGAAGCUGAGCACCUUCCAGCAUAUCUGGCUGCAUUAGACCCGCCUGGAAUGAGCAUAAGGGAAAGACAUCACUAUAGACCGGAGAACAACAGAGAUCCUAGACUCAAUAAGAAAACAGGAAUAAAUAACGCCAUAUGCUCCCAAUCAACAACGCAAACUGAGGCACAACCAAUAACACAACCAGUUGAAAUGGAUAAUUACAAGGGAAAAGAAAAUAAGAAGGUCAGAGAUUGCACCACCCCUCAAUUUGAUCCCACCAUAAUUCCCAAAGUGGAAGAUACCCCCACCAAGUCAAGAGGAACAGAACUAGAAAGACUGCUACUGACCUCUCCCACUCCUUUCAACAAGAGCGCGAAUCUGUUAAUCAUGCAGUCACUACAAGCCACGUAUAACUCUGGAGGCGGUAAUGGAAACACCAGAAAGCAACUCUUCAAUGACAGUGAUGACGACAGCGAGAGCAACAUACCUUUGCAGCAGCUGGUCUCUGGCAAGAAAAUCAGAGGGCAAAACCUAAAGCGCCUCAAACCCUUGAAGUCGGCAAACAGGCCCUACACCAGAAGAAUCACGGGAGCGAUCAAAACAACUGUCUCCUACGCGGACAAACAGAGGCGCUCUAGAUCUCGGGCACCCAGAACUUCGGAGGAGCUUGAUCUGGCAAACCCUAUAGUUUACGAUGACAAUAACAAUAACAAUGAUAGCCUCUGCUCCCUCAGUCUCACGGCGGGCAACCUUCCAUUGGCCCACGGCAGUGACAUAACAACAAACGAAAUGAGGAAGAAUAAAGAGGAGGAUAUGCCCUGCUGCUCAAGCAGCCUAAACCAACAUGCCAUAAGCCCAACACUAACAAAUGAAAAUGCUAUCACAAUCCAGGCCCAGGAGACCCAAAUGCUGCGCACUGCCGAGGAAUCGGAACAGAAGAAGAACAAGGAGCCACCCACCGUUUCCUCACGACGCCAAAGGGCGACUGUACCAGCUAGGCCAACUCACCGAGGAGUUCAUCUGAAAACGAAAGCAGCCCGUGCAGCUACUGGAUCCCAACGCAAGAAGCUGAGCACACCCAAAGUGCACCAUUGUGGAUGCGGCAUCGGUAACAAUGAUGAGGUCAUGCUCGACAACAUAAAAAAGCCAACAAGGCCAUCAUCAAGAUAA